AUGGGAGCUUGUUGCUGUUGUUUGGGUAUCAGGGAUCCUGAACAACAUGUUUCCCCUUUUAUCAGUCUCAAUAGCGUCAUUCAUGCCCUCAGGAGCAAGUUUACCGGAGUAAGGAGCAACGAGCAAUCGGAUUCCCCCGCUUCGAAUUCUCAAGUGUCAGCCCCUUUGGAUUCUAAUGCUGCAUUUAACAAUAUCAUCACACAUACUGCAAGGGUCUUGCAUUCCGAAGCUGAUACGACACCCUCCUACGAGUACGAUCGGAUCGAAGGAAGAGAGGAUUAUCGACUCAAUCACACGGAACACGCAAGUAUAGGAAACAAAUCAGCUGGAGUUCAAUGCGAAUCUCAAUUGAAGUUCUCACACGAUAAACCUGAAACUGAAGUUGGUUGUGGCUAUGGAUCAUUAGAAGAUGAAAAUGUUUGCCCCACAUGUCUUGAAGAUUACAUUCCUGAAAAUCCAAGAAUAGUUCUUCAAUGUUCCCACACUUACCACCUUGGUUGCAUAUAUGAGUGGAUGGAGAGAUCCGAAAACUGUCCUAUUUGUGGAAAGGUAAUUUGUUUCUACAAGGUUCUGCAAUUACUCCAUUUUCUGUUCUAACUUCUGCCAUUAAGAUCCCAUUUCUUUCUUCCAAUCAUCAAAUGUCGAGAAUCGAAUACUAAACCGGAGCUGUUAGCUCUUUAUAUCAUGUAAAAAUGGGGAUUCUAUAUAGUCUUCUAAUGCCAUAUUUUCCUACAUCAUAUAACUGAUUAUGGACUGAUUUUGCAGAUGAUGAUGUUUGGUGAAGCAGAAAUUGGAUCACAGGAGACACCAUUAACCAAAGAUGAACGUAUGAUUUUUGAGGGUA